AACAGCGACAAGCCGGGAUAAAGGCAGACGAAGACAAGAAAAGAACACAUCCAUCGCUGUCUAUGCCUUUCUCUCCUCUAAAUGCAUGCAUUUGCCUCCCACCAAUCUCAAUCCUUUCAUUUUUAACAUCAUUUGAUUCAGAAAUCAUCUGGGUUUUGUUCCUUUUCCCCAAAUGUACUCAGGGAUUCACUCGAUUCCAUUGGAAGGAACUGGUAUCGACUUCCCCCGGCCGUUAACUAGUACCAACUUGGUCGGAGAUCCAUGUCUGGUGUUGACGACAGAUCCGAAGCCGAGACUCCGAUGGACGGCGGAGCUCCAUGAAAGAUUCGUCGAUGCAGUUACUCAGCUUGGUGGCCCCGAUAAAGCAACACCCAAGAUGAUAAUGAGAACAAUGGGGGUAAAAGGCCUAACACUCUAUCAUCUCAAGUCACAUCUUCAGAAAUACCGUAUGGGGAAACAAUCAUGCAAAGAGUUCCCAGAGAACUCUAAAGAAGCGUCUUGCAUUGCUGAAAGCCAGGACAUGGGUUCGUCCACAUCAUCAUCUACAAGAAUGAUGGCACAAGAUUUAAACGAUGGCUUUGAGGUUACAGAAGCUUUGCGAGCACAAAUGGAAGUCCAAAGAAGAUUACACGACCAACUAGAGGUUCAACAUCGACUCCAGCUUCGGAUUGAAUCACAAGGAAAGUAUCUUCAAUCGAUCUUGGAAAAAGCUUGUAAAGCUAUAAAUGAUCAAGCAAUUGCGACAGCUGGACUGGAGGCAGCUAGGGAGGAGUUAUCUGAGCUGGCAAUCAAGGUAGCCAAUGACUGUCCGCCAUCUGUCACCCAAAUUGACAGCUGUUUGACCUCCAACCCUAGUCCUGAAUCCCCAAUGGGGUUGAGUCCUCAGGCUGCAGCUUUGAAGAAGAGACAAAGGGCAAUGUUUAUGCAAGCAGAGUGGAUGGCUUCUAACACCGGAUAACUUAUGAUUUUAGAUUUUCUUGUUUUUGUGGUGACAUUUUCUUGAAUUUCCGGUGGGUUUAUGGGGAAGAAAAAUGAAUUUUAUGUAGGGAUUAUGUUGGAUCAGUUUGUGUUUGGCAUAUGAUCUUAUAUGUUUAUAUGGUUUGGCUAAAUGGAUAUUAUCCAAGAUAUAUAACAUGAUCGGGCCUUAGCUCGUGAUUAUGGGCCUGGUCCAAGCCCAAUGGGUUCAACUUAUUAGUUGGUGAUUAUGAGAUGGGCUUUUCAGUUA